AUGUUCACGAGGGAGCUAUCGGGAGCCCGGGAUCCCGAGCAUGUUCGCCAGGCGUUGCCUACAGAAGAGCGUUUGGGAGAGAGGGGCUCCCGGCUGUCUGGCGGCCAGCGACAAAGGCUCGCUAUCGCCAGAGCGAUUGCUCGAGGUGCGCCAGUUAUCCUCAUGGACGAGCCGACAUCUGCGCUUGACGGUGAAUCCGAGGAGGCAGUGGCCGGCACCCUGACGCAGCUUGCCCGGGAGGGCCGUGCCGUGCUGGUGGCGGCACAUCGCUUGCGGACGGUAGCAAGGCAUCUCAAGUGCACUCGUAUCAAUGCCUGCGGCAUUUGUGUCUCGCGCAGGGCCGACCGCAUCAUUGUCUUGGAAGGUGACGCUGUUGCUCUGCAGACGAAGGACGUGGUGGAUAAGGCGGACUUGCAGUACAAGGAUUACAAGGAGCUGCCAGCCUGCGCUGAAGGCAUUCUCAACAUCUCAGGUGCGUACAAAGUCACAUCCAAUCGCUCCUUUGAAGGCUGCCUACGCGUUCACGGCUUGGAGGCUGUGGUCCACCUUCUUGCGCCCAUCACCUUCAGUGGCAACGCGACCUUUACAGGACACAUCGUGGUUGAAGGAGGAGGAGAUUUAGAAAGUGCCUGCUUGGUCGUCAAGGGCGUUGCCACACUCGAGGGCCAGUUGGAGUUUAAGAGAUGCAUCAAUAGCGCUGAAGGCAAAAACAAUGACGAAGCAGGCAAGGGCGGCGCUCUCCGUGCCGAGCAAGUGAAGCUGCAAGGCCGAGUCAAAUUCGAGGGCUGCAAGGGGCGACUCGGAGGUGCCAUCUACGCCGAGACGAUCAAUGUGCAAGAUAGCAGGAUCACAGCCUCAAGAUGCCGUGCCAAAGAAGAUGGAGGAGUUCUGCAUUCAGAGAAGGGUGUCACCAUCCAACAUAGCUUCCUGACUGCCACCAAUUGCUCGGCGGAACGCGAUGGAGGUGUCAUUCACAGCUUGAAGCAGGUGGUGCUGGAUACGAGCUCGUUGUCAGCCACCAGUUGCUCCGCAAGAGAGGGAGGUGUCAUUUAUUCCAGCGAGAAUCUGGUGCUGAACAAGAGCACCCUGACAGCCGCCAACUGUUCGGCGAAAGGCGAUGGAGGUGUCAUUCGCAGCUUGAAGCAGGUGGUGCUGGAUACGAGCUCGUUGUCAGCCACCAGUUGCUCCGCAAGACAUGGAGGUGUUAUUUAUUCCGACGACAAUCUGGUGCUGAACAAGAGCACCCUGACAGCCGCCAACUGUUCGGCGACAGGCUCUGGAGGUGUCAUUCGCAGCUUGAAGCAGGUGGUGCUGGAUACUAGCUCCCUGACAGCCGCCAACUGUUCGGCGGAAGUCAACGGAGGUGUCAUUUAUUCCAGCAAGAAUCUGGUGCUGAACAAGAGCACCCUGACAGCCGCCAACUGUUCGGCGAAAGGCGAUGGAGGUGUCAUUCACAGCUCAAACCAGGUGGUGCUGGAUACAAGCUCGUUGUCAGCCACCAGUUGCUCCGCAUAUGCUGGAGGUGUCAUUUAUUCCAGCAAGAAUCUGGUGCUGAACAAGAGCACCCUGACAGCCGCCAACUGUUCGGCGAAAGGCGAUGGAGGUGUCAUUCGCAGCUUGAAGCAGGUGGUGCUGGAUACUAGCUCCCUGACAGCCGCCAACUGUUCGGCGGAAGUCAACGGAGGUGUCAUUCGCAGCUUGAAGCAGGUGGUGCUGGAUACUAGCUCGUUGUCAGCCACCAGUUGCUCCGCAAGAGAGGGAGGUGUCAUUUAUUCCAGCGAGAAUCUGGUGCUGAACAAGAGCACCCUGACAGCCGCCAACUGUUCGGCGAAAGGCGAUGGAGGUGUCAUUCGCAGCUGGCAGCCGCUGGUGCUGAAUACGAGCUCCCUGACAGCCGCCAACUGUUCGGCGGAAGUCAACGGAGGCGUCGUAUCCAGCUUGAAGCAGGUGGUGCUGGAUACUAGCUCGUUGUCAGCCACCAGUUGCUCCGCAAGAGAGGGAGGUGUUAUUUAUUCCGACGACAAUCUGGUGCUGAACAAGAGCACCCUGACAGCCGCCAACUGUUCGGCGAAAGGCGAUGGAGGUGUCAUUCGCAGCUUGAAGCAGGUGGUGCUGGAUACUAGCUCGUUGUCAGCCACCAGUUGCUCCGCAAGAGAGGGAGGUGUUAUUUAUUCCGACGACGAUCUGGUGCUGAACAAGAGCUCCCUGACAGCCGCCAACUGUUCGGCGGAAGUCAACGGAGGUGUCAUUCGCAGCUCGAAGCAGGUGGUGCUGGAUACAAGCUCGUUGACAGCCACCAGUUGCUCCGCAUAUGCUGGAGGUGCCAUUUCCUCCAUCACGAAUUUAACGCUGAACAAGAGCUCCCUGACAGCCACCAGCUGCACGGCGACAGGCUCUGGAGGUGCUUUGCAUGCCUCAAACAUGACCGCGCUGAACAGCGACGUGCUGGUGAGUAGCAGCACCGCCGGCAGGAGUGGAGGCGCAGCCUACGUCGACGGCACUAUGACCAUGGCACAGAGUCGUGUGGAUAUCUUCAAUUGCUCAGCAGGUGACACUGGAGGUGGCCUUUGCAUGUCCGACCUCAUCGGAGACGCUGUGAACAUGAGCAACUGUUCUGCUGCUGCUAUGGGGGGUUGCAUCAGAGUGAAGCAGAGCCUCAAAUUGGACGAGGCCGUUCUCGCCGGCUGUGCCGCAAGUGCGGGCAACGCUGUGGCCAGCACCGGGGAUGUUCACAUUGGCAACCUCAGCCUCUUGGGCGGCGAAACCGAACAGAGCGGAAACUACUUCUCCGUGGGUGGUUCCCUGCGCUUGGGCACCAUGACCUGCGACGACACCCCCGAGUGUGAGGUGAGCUCGCAAGAAGACGUGCCACAGGUGGCGAGCGUCGCCAGAUGCCCAUUGGGCGCCGGAAGGGACAAGAAGAGCUCCUCGGUCGGCUGCACUAGGUGUCGCCCAGGCACUAUGCUUCUGCAACCGAAGCCAGACGCAGCAUGCAUUCCAUGCCCCGAGCUCGCGGAGGAGUGCCGACCCUCACAUGUGAAGCUACAGCAGGGUAUCACUGUGAACACCACGGACUUCUCCCAAGUGCUGCACUGCCCCAACCCUGCGGCGUGUCCUGAACACGUCAUCACAGCCCCGGUACCUCUGGAUCCCCCGUCCUAUUCGUUGUAUUGCCAGAAGGGCUAUGAAGGCCCUGCGUGCUCAAGCUGCAGCUCAGGCUACGGAAGGUCAGAUGGCAGCGUGCUGGUGUGCGUGAAGUGCAGCGAGUCCACCCAGCAGCUGGUUCGUCAUGCAGCGCAGUACGCUCUGAAAGACGUGGCGCUUUUCGCCGUCGCAGCACAUGGCGUGCUGGGUGCCAAGGCGGAGAAGAAGAAUAGCGCGGUUUACCUGAACCAGUUGUUGGCCUUUGCCACGGUGAGCAGCGCAGCGCUGAGCCUGGGCGGAGCGGUUUUUCUUUGA